AUGGCCUCGACCCUGCCCGUGAGCUCGAAUAACCGGAGAAGAUGACGGUGUUGAGCUUCGUAAGUCAGCGGAACACCGAAGUGUCUUCUUCUUUUAACGCGGAGGUGAAACUGAAGUGAGGAAGAAACAAAGAGACCGUCGGCGAAAGAAAAGGGCUGAAAACACCACAGACCACUGCAUAUUUUUCGCUGGGGCUGAGGAGCCACCAUGGAGGAUAUCAACUCAAAUAUCAACGCGGACUUGGAGGUGCGGAAGCUCCAGGACUUGGUGAAGAAGCUCGAACAGCAAAACGAGCAGCUCCGGAGCCGGUCCACGAUGUUGUCCUCGUCCGGAGCGAUGUCAGCGAACCACAGACCACUCAGCGCCGGAUACGACUCGUCGUCCCUGUCAGCGGGGAUGGCAGCCGGGCUGGCCGGCUUCCCUGGGGUGGGGUUCGUCGGAACGGGAGGCUACGGUGGGCUCCUGGAGAACAACCGCUGCCUGAGCCCCAGACUGUCCUACGACGGCAUCAGCUUCAGGAGGGCGUAUGAAUGUGAGGGGGCAUCGGCUGCCACCUCCGUGUCGAGCAUGAACUCACUUUACUCAGACACCGCCGGGAGCUACGCGGACGAAGGCGAAACAUCGAUCCUGGACGAAGUGGAAAUCUUAGACCUGGAAGACAUGGAUUGUUUAAACGAGGAGGAGGACAGCUGGCUCUACGAGACGAAACUGAACAGUCCCCUGCAAAAAGCCUUGAGUCCUAUUGUGUGGUGCCGCCAAGCUCUUGACAACCCCAGUCCUGAGAUGGAAUCAGCCAAGCGCUCCCUCAUUCACAGACUGGACCUCACCAUGUCAGCCAACAAGCGCAGGAGCCUGUAUGGAAGCCCCUACAACCAGCAGGGUUACGGAAGCCCGUACAGCACAAACGCAGCCAACAGCCCUUACAGCAGUGGCUUCAACUCCCCCUCCUCCACCCCCAGCAGAGUGCCCAUCGUCAGACAGCAGCUAAUGCCUGGGAACGCAGUACACCAGCGAAACGCAGCGGCAGAGAGGAAUCCUCCGGCCGUGAGUCCACAGUCGUCGGUGGACAGUGAGCUGAGCACCUCAGAAAUGGACGAGGACUCGGUGGGCUCCUCCACGACCUACAAACUCAACGACGUCACUGACGUUCAGAUACUGGCGCGGAUGCAGGAGGAGAGUUUGAGACAGGACUACGCUGCGACAGCAUCCAGACGGAGCUCCGGUUCUUCCUGCCACUCGUUGCGGCGCAGCACCUUCAGCGACCAGGAGUUAGAUGCGCACAGUCUGGAGGACGAGGAGGAAGCGGUGCACCCGGCCUUCCACCUGCCCUCCAGCCGCUUCAGCCCCUCCCCUCGACACUCUCCCCGCGCCUCCCCCAGGAACUCGCCCCGCUCUCGCUCCCCUGCUCGUUCCAUCGACUACAGCCACAGCCGCGGCUCGCCUCAGCCCAUCAUCAGCCGCCUGCAGCAGCCUCGCCACUCGCUGCAGGGCCACGGGCACGACCUGCAGACCAAUGUGGUGAAGAAUGAAGAAAAGCUGCGUCGUAGUCUUCCCAACCUCACGCGCUCCUCGGCGGCGGCGGCAGCCCAGGUCCCAGAGCCCGUCAAGAACAGCCGCAGCUGCGAGUCCAACCUGCAAGUGCCAAACGGAGGCUCUCCUCGACACCAGAACCAGUCAGCCACAGCAGCUCAACUCCCGAGAUACUCCACCCCCUCUCGCUCCUCCCCGAAACCCAAACAGCACCUCCAAAGCCCAACUGCCCUGCGAGUCCCACUCUCCUGUUGCUUUGGAGAAGAAGGUGAUUUCAUCCCCUCUCCCAGUAAACUGCGAACUCCCGCCACCCCGUCCCCGCUCGCCUUGAGGCAGCCGGUAAAGGCCACACCCAACCCUGGUUCUGCCACCUCCACCCCCUCCCGCUCCCUGGCUCCUCCGCGCAGUGGCCUCCCCCGUCCCAGUGUUUCAGGGGGAGGGGGCAUCCCUCUGCCUCGCAGCAAGCUGGCACAGCCUGUGCGCAGGUCUCUUCCUGCUCCUCGGACCUACGGCGGCGCCGGUGACAACUGGAGAGAAGGCUGUUACUGAGGGCGGCCAGCAGGGGGCUCUCCAGUCAAACUAUCAACACAAGGAGGCAGACAUCACAACAUGGCACUUUAUCUAGCUAGACAACUUUUACAGCGAAGAGAGAUACGGAGAGACUGUCCCUAAACUAUAUACAAAUCAGAAUUUAAAAAAAGAAAAAGAAAAAGGAAAGGGGAGGACAGUGUCCACAUGGUGUCCCAUCAUCCUUCUCUGUGGGGACUGGCACUGGAGGGGUCAGGCAUGUCGUGCAAACAGCCCAUAAAAUGCCAAAGAAACCAGCCCGACUCCAGCUCCGCCAGCAGAGGACACGUCACCUGCCUUGGUUUGACUGCAGUCAUGUGUCAGACGGUCAUAUCACUACAUCGCCCAGCUUUCCCUCCCACUCCUCUGCCACCGCUCUUCUUUCACCUCCCUCAGGUUGAAAUGUUUCCAUGCAUUUCUCUCUUUAUGCUCUGUGUUCAACAGAUGUCGGUGAGCGAUCUCUAUGAUGAUGCUGUGCAGGUGAACUGUCCCCGUAAACGUUAGAGAAUUAUUGAUGUCUUGCAACAGUUGAAAGCACCUCAGUGUGGGUAUGACAUUUAAGAAUCUUUCCUCUUGUAAAAUCAGCCAGAAUGUAUGCACAAGUUUGUUUUGGAAAUUAUUUAUUCAAAUUAUUUAAAGAAGUGUAUGUCCAAACAUCCAUAUCAGUAUUUUGUUUUAAGAAUUCAGUUGUUUAAAAUGAACUUUUUGAACCUCAAUUUCAAGCUAAAUCUCCAAAGCCUUCUUUUUUUCUUUUUCUUUUUUUUGGGUGUUGUUGUGAAGUCGGGACCGGGUGAUCGAUGACACCUCGGCCGCAGCCUCAGUCCCGACUUGUACCACACUUUGCCAAGAUUAUACUUUUCCAUCGAAGUGCUUAGAUCGGUCAAGUUUCAGUUCAGGUGCGAGUUAUAUCUGACGCCUCAAACAAACUCUCAUCUGUCGAGAAAGAAACCUGAGCUCAAACACAUAUUUUUAUCCCCGUUCACCCAUUCAGCCAAUGUAACCGAGAAAUCUUUGAUGUUGUUCAUUAAAUUCCCACCGCAGAUUUGUCCGUGUAUAUCAUUCAUACCGUGAAAAUAAAUGGAAAAAUAUAUCUGGAGUAAGACGACAGGUUGAAUAAACUUUGGCUGGCUUUUACCUCUUGUGCUAUGACAAUAAAUCAAAAGGUGUGCCAGUGUUAGGGAAGCUGUUCUGGUAAUUGGUGUGCUGGGUGUUCUUAAAACUAGUGCCUAUAAUUUAAAGUUUCACUUGAGUUUGAACAUCUUGUUUUGUAUGUUUAUCAUUUUGUGCCAAUUUCUUUGCGGUUUUGCAUUUCUGCUUGACUGAUUUGCUCGCCUGUUUGUUUUUUUUGUAAUUGAAUCAAAACAUUUAUAAUUGCUUUAAAAAAAAAAAAAGAAAGAAAAAAAGUUUAAUAUGCGCCUUCAUAUUUAUAACUAAUUGCUCAUUCUGUAAAUGAAACUAUUUAUUAAAGAGAGAGGUGCCUCUGUCAAAGCUCAGAUUCAGUGGGAAGCUAGAACGAAUGUUGCAAAAAGACAUACCACACCUUUUGUGUGAAAGUUUUUGUUAUUGAGCUUUUUUUUAUAUCCACAAACAUGACAUUCAGUUUCCCUGUGUAAAGUCACAUUUCAAAUAAAAGCUGAAAACUUC